CCUGUCCCUUUAAAGGCUCCGACAAAACGCCCAUAUGAUCGGCGCGCUCCAAUCACCAGGUCCUCCCGCACGGUCGGCAGCCUCUGCAUUUUUUGUCUCUUUCCCAAACGCUAACAUGGCGAAAAGGGCACUGGCGUGAGGAAGAGGAGGGCGACGCCGGGAUCAUGAGGGACGCGAGGAAUGCCAACAUGCGCCCUUAGACUACGAUUUUGUUUUCAUGGAGAGGAGCCGCGCGGCCACCGGAAGGGCAAUCGGCGCUCCUUCGCUCCGCGACACCUCCGACCAAAAUGCUGAUAGUGGAGAAGACGACUGACUACCCUUCCACGGAGUUCUCGCUGGUGGAGGAUGUCGCCCUCCACUUCACUUGUUUGAUGGACAGACUGAACGAGCAGCGCCUCUUUCAGCCAGACCUGUGUGAUGUGGACAUAGUGCUGGUGCGCCAUAAGAACACCUUCCCGGCCCACAAGGGCGUGCUGGCGGCCUACAGCCAGUUCUUCCACUCGCUCUUCACCCAGAACAAGCAGCUCCAACGCGUGGAGCUGUCGCUGGAGGCGCUCACCUCGCAGGGCCUGCAGCAGAUCCUCAACUUCAUCUACACCUCCAAGCUGCUAGUCAACGGCCGCAACGUGCAAGACGUGCUCAACGCCGCCGCCGUGCUCCAGAUGAGUGAAAUUGCCAACUCCUGCCAAGAGCUCAUCAGCAGUCGCUCCCUGGUCCUCAGCGUAGAUAUGACCGACCAGGAUGGGCGUGGCGGUUCCCAGUUCUAUCGGGAGAUCAAGCAGGAGGUGGAUCAGCCCCUCUCGAAGCUGUACGCUCGAGAGAGCGACAGCCCCUACUCGGUCCGUGUGGAGGACCGUACGGGGAAACAGCACCACGCGGGUGUCCAGGCUAAACCGUACUUCAAGAAGGAAGAGGCUGCAGAAGGUGGCGCCGGACACCUUUGCAAGAUCGAGGGAGUUGCGCAGGGUUUGGAGGAGUCGGACAGCCACCCUUCCUUCAACCGGGAGCAGAUCAUCGUUGAGGUGAACCUCAACAACCAGACCUUGAACGUGUCCAAGGGCACCGAGGGCAAGUCCUCGUCCAAAGAGACCGCCGCUGUUCUGGGGCACGGUCACGGCAAGGAGCAGGACGUGGAGGAGGAAGAGGAAGGGGAGGAAGAGGAAGACCACGAGGAGGAAGAGAACGAUGAAGUCGAUGAAGAUGCUGACCUCGAGGAGGAAGAGGAUCCGGAUGAUCCGAGUGAGGAAGAGGAGCUGGGAAACACCACGGAGGAGGAUGAUGGAGGGGCGGACGAGGACAGCCGUGACAUUCCAGAAGCGAAAGCGGAGCGGCCGCGGCGCCACACCAGGGCUUCCGGAGGCACGGUCUCCUCGCGGCAGGGCCUGAGCGCCGCGACGAGAGCCAACAGGGGCCGAGGCCGCAAAAGGAAGGCGGAUCAAGAGAGCCUUGGCCAGAAGGUGAGGCUGGAGGAGAAGCAGCACUUCCCCUGCAUGAAGUGCCCUCGCGUCUUCAACAACCACUGGUAUCUGGAGAAGCACAUGAACGUCACCCACAACCGCAUGCAGAUCUGCGACAAGUGCGGCAAACGCUUCCUGCUGGAGAGCGAACUGCUGCUGCACCAUCAGACCGACUGCGAGAAGAGCAUACAGUGCGGCACCUGUGGCAAGGCCUUCAAGAAGCUGUGGUCCCUCCACGAGCAUAACAAGAUUGUCCACAGCUAUGCGGAGAAGAAGUUCUCCUGCGAGAUCUGUGAGAAGAAGUUCUACACCAUGGCCCAUGUCAGGAAGCACAUGGUUGCUCACACCAAGGACAUGCCAUUCACCUGCGAGACCUGCGGGAAGUCCUUCAAGCGCAGCAUGUCCCUGAAAGUGCACUCGCUGCAGCACUCGGGGGAGAAGCCCUUCAAAUGCGAGAACUGCAGCGAGCGCUUCCAGUACAAGUACCAGCUGCGCUCCCACAUGAGCAUCCACAUCGGCCACAAGCAGUUCAUGUGCCAGUGGUGCGGGAAGGACUUCAACAUGAAGCAGUACUUUGACGAGCACAUGAAGACCCACACGGGAGAGAAGCCAUACAUCUGCGAGAUCUGUGGGAAGAGCUUCACCAGCCGGCCCAACAUGAAACGGCACCGGCGGACGCACACGGGCGAGAAGCCGUAUCCCUGCGACGUGUGCGGCCAGCGCUUCCGCUUCUCCAACAUGCUCAAGGCCCACAAGGAGAAGUGCUUCCGGGUGAGCAACCCGGCCACCUCGGAGGGUGGCCUGCUAGGCCUGGACCCCGCCUCCCCGGUCCUCGGCUCCGACGUGGCGACCAACCAGGUGGUUCCGGUGAUCGCGCCGAUGGCGGCGGGGGACGUAGCGGUUCCUCGCACCCACCACGGGCCCCAGCACUCCGCCCUGCCGUUUCACUCGGUGGUCGGCCACCCCCCUCCUCCUCACCUGCCCCCGUUGCCGCCCUUGUUUCCCGCCGGUAGGAUCAACUCAAAUGACAAUUAA